CGCCCACUGUGCUUUCACAGACCAAUCAGAGCCCACCUACUUUGCAUACUUGAAUACUUCAAAGUCAGUCUAUCUUGCAAUCAAUCCUACAAUAUAUCUUACAAUAUAUCACUCAUUAAAUGUCUCAAUAAAUAAUAAAAUUGAUAUAAGCUUUGCAAUAAUUGAAUGAUUUAUUGAUAUAUUUAAUUACUGAUGUAUUAAUUAGACAAUAGACACAUAAUUAAAGAUAGGUUGACAAAUUAAGGAUGUCUCAAAAAAAAACCCUCCAUAUAUUAUUGUUCAGGCUACUAUAUGCUUUAGAAUCAAAAAUUGUCGGUUAGGGUUAUCUCCAUAGCAACUCUGACAUCAUCACUGAGAAUUCUCCAGCACUUUACCUUUAAACUCCAGUGAAGCAAGGAUAUAUUCAUCAGUAUUUUUCAAAUCGUACGUUAUGACAGUUGCUUUAGAAAUGUUGCUCUUUCCAUUUUAUUUUGGACUGAUAGUACUGCUCUUUGCCCAGGAGAGCCCAGAAGAAAAGGAGAACAUUUUUGCCAAGAAGGCUGGUCCUGCCUUUUUCCGGUUUGAAAAUGUUGCGUCGCUGGCCGAUGUGACAGUUGAACUACCAUGUCGCUGCAAAUCUGAAGAGGCCUAUUCAGUUGUUUGGCACUACCAGAGACAUCUUGCCAGCAAGGACAGUACAGUUAUCACUGACUUUGAAGGCGUGUCAGUGAUAGACACGGCUAAGGUAGGCCAUAAAACAGACCUUCAGAACCGUUUGUCAAUCCGCCUCUUCAGUCUGAUCAUCUUCAGAGGCCAGGUAGCAGACUCUGGUUACUACAUCUGCGGCACAAAAUCGAACCGAUUUUUCUAUGCCUACUAUCUGGAUAUUCAGAAGAUUCAGCAGGUGUCUUUGUCUCCUGGAUCUGACAUCUCUUCUCAGAAUCCUUCAACAAGCAGAGGAUCUGAACAAUCUCCACACUUCAUCGUGUUUAACAGAUACUGGCGAUGGUCAGUGUGUGAUCGCUGCGGUGUACCCGGUGAACUAACUCGAGUGGGUCUGUGCUAUUUGCGGAGCGACUACCUGAACAUACGCUACAGGACUUCCAAACGUGGAAUUGCCUCCUGCGGAUCCCCUGCGGUGCCUCGCAGAUUCCAGCUGGAUGAUUCUCUGACAGGGGCGAAGCUGGAAGUGAGAGAGUGCCAGGUGCCAUGUCCAGCAGAACCCAGGCUACCAUCGAAAGAGGCGGCCAUCCUGGAGUUCCUCAGUGAUUCCACGAAAGGAGCUGGGCUCCCAGUAUAUUAUCAGAAUCAUCCAGUGAAUGCCCACAUCAUCCUGGUCUGUCCUGGAGCAAACUCUAGGGAUGCUGUAGCGUGGGACCAAGGGGAGAAGAGGAUGCUCCGCAGACGCUUUAUGGAAGGGGUCAGCAAGACCAUGCGGGUCUACAUCGAUGGAGGAGGCCGUCUGCAUUUUCACCCUGUGCUCUUGAAUGACAAGGGCUCAUACUACUGCUGGCUGCAGGGGAAACUGGCAGCAGACAUCAGGCUUAGCAUCUAUCAUCCUUUGGGCUACCAGUUCCAGCCCACUGACCCCAGAACAGUUGAUUUCUUACGAGCCACUCUCAUAACCUAUGCAGGAUUCACGUCAGUCUUCGUCCUGUUUUUAGUAGGCAGGUGUUCUAUUAGGUAUACUAGAAUGUCCCGAAAACCAAAAAUGUAAAAAAUAAAGCCUAAUGGACAAAAAUGCAUUUAAUAAAAUACUCUGUUUACAGAU